ACAAAAAAUAAAUGAUAUACUCCUCGUCACAACCUUUAGUAAUAUCUUCGCAUGUGACCAACCAAGACUGACAUCGAUUUAUCUAUCAAAAUUCAUUCUAUAGACAGGUGUAGUAGGAGUUUAUCACUCUGGUUAAGAACUGGAUGUAAUAAACGUUUUAAGGUAAAAAAUAAAGCAGCAAGAUGUGCAGUCCGAAGUGUGCAACUAUAAUUCUGAUUGGCAUAAACGUUAUAUUUUUCCUGCUUGGUCUUGGAAUUAUCAUCCCUGGUAUAUUACUUCUAGUCGACAACGAGGCUAUCAAUGACAAGAUAAUACCAUUAUUCAAGGAACUAUCAUUAGGAUCCACCAACUUCGGAGAUUUGGCUAAAAAUCUGCCUAUAGCACUAAUAAGUCUUGGGUCUUUAGUGCUCGUCAUUUCAGUAAUAGGAUUGUUAGGAACGUGUUGCUGUAAAAUCAGAUGCUUCCUUAUGGUGUAUGCCAUUAUCGUUAUUAUACUGUUGAUUGGGAAAGUAGUUGUUCUGGCACUAUGGUAUUUCAUGAAUGACAAGUUCACGACUACAAUAAAGGAUGAAAUGUUGAAGAACUUGAAAGCUAAAUAUACAAAUGAUGAUUUAACAAGCAACGAAAUCUCUACAUCCUGGAACCAGUUACAGUUAGCUUUCGAAUGCUGUGCAAUUAAUGCCGUUACAUCUGCCACUAAUGAUUUUGACAAUACAACUUGGCAAACCGGUAGUCCUCCUCCUUCUACUGACAUACCUAUAUCAUGUUGUCCGGGUGUGACGUCAUCAAACUACACUGCUGCAGCUGCAACAAAUCCGUUAUGUCCAUCGCUUACAACCGUUGCACCAUCCGGGCAAUAUUCUAAGGGUUGUUAUGAUGCUGUCAAAGAUUUUGCAACGAAGUAUUCAGUUGCCUUCAUUUGUAUUGGAGUCUUUAUCUUGUUGACAGAGAUUGCAGCUGUUAUUUUUGCAUGCUCGUUGUGUAAAAAGAGUAAGACGGGUUCACUUGUUUAAGCUAAAAAGUUGUGUGUUUUAUAUUUUAAAAAUAUUAUGUAUAUUUUUUCCAUGAUUUUUCUGUAUUUGUCAUUGUUUGAAUACAUUAGUUUCAUUUCUUAUAGAAUGAUAAAGCUUGUUAAUAGAGACUAUGCACUGUUCAGAUAGAACGCAAUCAGAACGAAUUUUUCUGUUUCUUAAAUAUAAAGAUGUGUACCGCAUAAAAAUAUAAGAUUCGGACUCACAAAAAAUCUUGAACAUUACUUUUUCCGAGUUUGGUAACAUUUGCAUAUCAUUUUCUUAUACCGCGAUGUAAUUGUUGCCGUUUGUAAAGGAAAGAUGCAAGGUGGCUUGCAUUGAUAGGGUUUGAUGCAUAUAGACAAGAAACAAUUUCUUUUUAUAUCAUACAUGAUAACGGUAUUUUCAUUCACAAAAAUAUUUCGCUAUAUUUUACGAUGUUUAUCGACCAGUUGUUGUCUAUUGUUGUUCAAUAAAGUUCAUUUAUAGCACCGAA